UGUCCGGGCUCUACCCUACACAUCACGCCAAUGGCUACCCGUUGGAUCAGCAGCAUCCUGAUACUGUUAGCACUGUAUGGUGCCACCAGUGGAAAGGUGUAUCAGAAGUGUCCUUUGGCGCGUGCCCUGGAUAGUCUUCAAAUUUCCUCCCGAUCGUUCAUCUCAAACUGGGUUUGCCUGAUUAACGCCGAGAGUGGUGCUGAUACGAGCAAGAAGACGGCAAUCAACGAUCAGUGGUCGAGCUACGGGAUCUUUCAGAUCAGCAGCAAAACCUGGUGCCGAGAGGGCCGCAAGGGUGGUACCUGUAACAUGCAGUGUGAAGAUUUCCUCAACGACGAUCUGGCGGAUGAUGUCGAGUGUGCCAAGCUGAUCUUCAGCCGAGGUGGUGGAUUCGCGGCCUGGAAGGGUUGGAACUUACAACUGGACACUACCGGGAACAGAAUGGCAAAUCGCGCACUAAGUCUAGUUGGCCUGCUGGUAGCGGUGGUGCUGUUGCUGAGUACAACACCUAGCUACGGCAAAAUCUACACGAAAUGUGAGCUAGCCAAACAGCUGACGGCGAACGGUAUCAGCCGCACGUACCAGGGACACUGGAUCUGCCUGGCGAUCAAUGAGAGCGGACUGAAUUCGACCAAGGUGGUGGAGCUAACGAAUCUGAGCUCCAACUAUGGCAUCUACCAGAUCAACAGCAAGGAAUGGUGCCGUGAAGGGCGCAAAGGUGGCAAGUGCAACAUGAAGUGUGAAGACUUAGCAGCCGAUAGCGUCACCAAUGCCAUACAGUGCAGCAAAAUCAUUCAACAACAGAAGGGCUUCAAUGAAUGGAUAGUGUGGCAAAAGAAGUAAAGGCAAGGAUCUGCCCGAUAUUUCCAACUGUAAUGCUAUUGGCUAAGGGUCGAAUCGCGGUUCUGCGGUCAACACGAACUUAAUGAGCUUGGAAGUUCAUGAAAAUAAAUUUAGAAAUGUUAUUUACGAGAUCCCAACUAGCAGUGAGGCGUUUUCGUUACAAUUCAACAAAGUUGCUAGUGAAUCGAAUACACUUUGCUGGGCAUUUGAAAUAUACUGAUACGAUGUGCAUCUGAUAUGGAAUGAAUUGACAUUGGUCCCGAAAUCGAAGAAUGUUCAUCGAUUGCAGUGACUAACCGGUUAUCGAAAAUUCCAGUUCGCCAGUAACUAUUAAAAUACUUAACAUUGUAUAUUAUUGGACAUACAUAGAUCUGUCGCAUAUUUACGUAUAAAUUACGAAAAACGAAACCGGCUUAGAAACGCGAGUAAAAUCCGAAAUUUAAAUCGGAUUUUAGGAGUUCCUAGUGUGUAUGAUCAAUUUUGGUCGACUUCGAUGACCACACUUUGACAAUUUACUUUGGGAAUCAGGUGUUUGUAAAAGCUUCUGGACAUGUAUUGUUUGGAUAUUGACUGCUAAUAUUUGCAUCGUAGAGAUAACAAACUACCCUUAGAGUUAAAAGUCAGUCAGCUGUAACGGCACGUGAUAAGUAUUACAAUCACUUGUCAGGCACGUUAUUGUGCCGUAAAGUUCUGUUUACUUAUUACGCCUUCCACAUUGUAUGCCCGGGAAUAGACAAUUUGUUUUAGAAAAUUGAAUAUCGAUAACAUUUGUAUUGCAAAGCCUGAACAAGUUAAUGAAAAGCUAGCUCUAUUCUCUUCACAUUGAAGUAAAUGUAUAUAAUAGCGUUUCUGUACGACAUAUCAGUGUGAAACCAACUCAACUGCUUCAAACGAAUAACAGAGGCAUUAGCAAAAAACUCGGAUACGGGUAGCACGUAGCCUGUUUCUGUCCCACCGGAAACACCACAACCAGCCCACAUCGCAGAUUGUUUAUUAUCCUCAUUAAUGUCAUUAUGAUAAUAAAAACAGGAUUAAUUGGGACAAUAUUGUCGGUAUCGUUUGUACCACAAAAACGGAAACAAAUCCACGCACUUCAAAGUGGUAUUGCCCU